AGUCUGUCCACCAUAAAGAAGACUAAAGUCAGGACUAUGAUAAGAUACCCUGCAUUCACCCUGGAUGAAUGCAGCUCUGGCAACAUCCAAGAAACUGAACAUUAUGCAGGAUUUUAAAACAAAAAAGCCCACAUCAUUGGCAACUUCAACAUUCAUCCACCACGAAUGUACACCUCUAUUUAAGGACCCAAGGAUGGGAAUGACGAGAGUUUAAGUUUUGUGAAGAGUUUAAGGAGAAGUGUCCACAUACUGUGCAGUGUGGGCUACGUCUGGCUGAGAAAAAUAACACUGGGAUUGUCCGUCACUUUGGCCUUCAGAUUCUGGAGCAUUCUAUAAAGUUUCGCUGGAAUGGUAUGGUACACCGUGAUAAAGUCCAACUGAAGAAUAGUGUGAUGACUCUUCUAUCCCGCGGUACUCAUAAUAUUAUGGUGGAAGAGGCUUACAUUAAGGAUGCACUUUCCCGAAUUGUGGUCGAAAUGAUCAAGCGUGAAUGGCCACAGCAGUGGCCAGAUAUGCUAAAUGAAAUGGAUAAACUAACUGCCAUGGGGGAGACACAAACUGAGCUGGUGAUGUUGAUCCUUCUGCGCUUAGUAGAAGAUGUUGUGACUUUCCAGACUAUUCCUGCUCAGCGGCGUAAGGACAUACAGCAUGCAUUAACUCAAAAUAUGAUGCAGCUGUUCAGUUUUCUCUUGGACAUCUUGCAAGAGCAUACACAGAGCUACAAACAGCUGAAAGCAGAUACUACUCAAGAAAAUAAGGCCAAGGCACACUGUCGUGUUGCAGUAGCUACUCUGAAUACCCUGGCUGGAUAUGUGGACUGGGUUGCUUUGCACCAUAUAACAGCUGAUAGCUGCAAGCUACUUGAGGUUCUGUGUAUGUUAUUAACGGAACCUGAAUUGCAGCUCGAAGCAGCAGAAUGUCUCCUUAUUGCCAUCAGCAGAAAGGGUAAACUGGAGGAUCGUAAGCCUCUCCUGGUCCUCUUUAGUGAUGCUGCUAUGCACUGCAUUUUAUCAGCUGCACAAACAGCUCAUGGAGCAGGGCUUGUGGAACAACACUACAUGUUUCUAAAGAGGCUUUGUCAAGUUCUUACAGCACUCGGUGGACAGCUGACAGCGCUGUGGGGAAGCGACAAAGAUGUCGGCCAACCUCCUAAUUUCAACAAAUAUUUACAAGCAUUCUUGGCUUUCACCAAUCACCCUAGUCAGUAUUUAAGAUCAUCAACUCAGAUAGCCUGGUGUUCGUUUUUAAGACAUGAGCAUGUCUCUAAGGACCCUGUGUUGCUGGAGGUCAUUCCACAAUUGUUGCACGCAACAAUGGCUAAUCUUUUGAAGGUUGGAUUUCCUUCCAAGAGUGACAGCCCAAGUUGUGAAUAUUCUCGUGUGGAUUUUGACAAUGAUGAAGACUUCAAUGCGUUUUUCAAUUCAUUCCGAGCUCAACAAGGAGAGACCAUUCGACUCUCUUGUCGUCUGUCACCAAUGACUGGAUUCAACAUGGCUUCUGAGGCCCUGCAGUAUCAGCUUACGGCAGUCAUUGAUGUUGGCCCUACAAUGUCUAAGACCGGCAAAGGUUUGUGCUCUAUCUUUUCACCAUCUUUUGUGCAGUGGGAUGCACUGACCUUCUUUAUGGAGAGUGUGAUGAGCCAGCUAUUCAGAACCAUGGAGCCUGAGCAACUUCCGGUGGCAGAUGGAAUUGAGCUGCUAAAAGCUGUUUUAAGUUAUCAAACCCAUGAUCCGCUCAUUCUAUCAUGCAUCCUAACAGCUGUGUCCACACUUUCUCCUUUCCUUCUCCAUGAUGCCACUGUCUUACCACAAGUCCUCGAAAAGCUCUUUGCAUCUGCGACUUUCGAAGUGGUCGAGGAGAGCCAGGCUCCAAGAACAAGAGCAGUGAAAAAUGUUCGUAGGCAUGCUUGUUCGUCUAUUCUCAAGAUGUGCAGAGAUCACCCAGAACUGAUAAUGCCGGUGUUUGAAAUGUUCUAUGCCCAUGUCAAGCGUCUGCAGCAAGACGAACGGCAACUUACACAGUUGGAGAAGUGUGCUUUAAUGGAAUCUCUGGUUCUCCUGAGCAAUCAGUUCAAGGAUUAUGAGCGACAGAAAGCCUUCCUAGAGGAACUCAUGGCCCCUGUUACUAACCUUUGGUUGUCUGAGGAGAUGCAGAGAGUGCUUUCAGAUCCAGCGAUGUUUCUUUCCUACAUUGGUGCCGAUGUCACUCCAGAUGAUCCCAUUAGAGAAGAUCCAGCAGGCAUCAACAGAUCUCGGAUCAGCUUGUGUGUUUACACCAUACUUGGAGUUGUGAAGCGGGCUCGCUGGCCUACUGACCUGGAGGAGGCAAAGGCCGGAGGGUUCGUGGUUGGAUUCACACCCAGCGGGUCUCCGAUCUACCGCAACGCCUGCACUGAGCAUGUCAUCAAACUUCUUGACAACCUGCUCGCCCUGAUAAGGACACAUAAUAACCUUUGGCUGCCAGAGAUGUUGGCACAGCUCAGCCCACACUUUACAAAAGCCCAUGACAUGCUUGAAGUGGAAAAGAAUGCGAUUCUUGGUAUUCCACAGCCUUUGCUCGAUCAUGCUGAUGCUCCAGUGUACAAAUCUGUGUUGGAACGAAUGCAAGGGUUCUUCUGUACUUUGUAUGACAAUUGUUUUCAUAUCCUUGGGAAUGCUGGACCAAGUAUGCUUCAGGAUUUUUUUGACAUAACCAAUUUUGCAGAAUCCGUAAUAAACUCAGCUUUUGUGAAUCUGGAGAAUAUUCCUGACUACAGGCUCCGUCCAGUGCUACGUGUAUUUGUGAAACCAUUAGUCCAGUCCUGCCCACCCGAACAUUAUGAAUCUGUGUUGUGCCCAAUUCUUGGACCUUUGUUCUCUUACUUGCUGCAGAGACUAAGUGCCAAGUGGGUUGUCAUCAAUCAGAGGGGCCUGCUGGAGGCUGAAAGUGGUGCUCCUGAGGAGAAUCCUGAAUCCCAAGAAAUGCUGGAUGAGCAACUGACCCGACUUCUCACGCGCGAAUCCAUUGAUCUAAUGACUGUUUGCUGUUGUGUUAAGAAGGGCCCUGAGUCCAUAUCAGGUGACAUGGAUGUAGAUGAUGAAAUGAUGAACACAAGUGAUGGGCCACAUGUUGGAUCUGAAGAACUCACUGACCUUGGAAAAUGUCUGCUUAAGUCUGAGGAUAUCUGUAAGGCACUGUUAGCAACUGCCUACAGUGCAAUCACUUGGAGUGACACCAUUACGUGUCAGCGAGCAACACUCCAACUUUGCUGGCCAUUGAUCAAACAGGUAUUGUCUGCAACCCUGCAUUCUGAUGCAGCCAGUUGGUUCUUUAUGAGCGUGCUUAGAGGACUGCAAAUGCAUGGACAACAUGAAGGAUGCCUUGCAGCACUGGUCAAUCUUGCUUUCAUGAUCUAUGAGGCACUGAGACCACGAUAUCCCGAUUUAAAAACAGUCAUGCAGCAAGUUCCUCAAAUCUCUGGAGAUGCUUUGGACCAGUUUGAUACAAAACUUCUGAACCCAUCAUCUCAUAAAAUGGGUGACAAAAGAAGAAAGGACCUCUUCAAAAAACUAUUGUCUGGUUGCAUUGGGAAGCCACUUGGGCAGAAGUUCAAAAAAGAGGUGCAUAUCAAAAACUUGCCCACCCUUUUCAAGAAACCAAAACCACAGCCCACCACACCAAUAGAAGAAACUAAUGAAGACAAUGUCCUAACCCCACUCUUUGACCCAAGAGCUCAGGACAUGUGAAGAGUGGCAGGCUGUGGUUAGCUUCCACUCCUGCUUCAUAGAAUAAAAUGGACCUUUUAUGUUGAUUUUUUUUUAAACUUGUAGUGUGUCUUUAGUUGUAAGGUGUUCAACAACAUUAGCAUAGUGGAAAUUAGCAUCAAAUAGCUACUUUAAAAUGGCUGCUCACCUUAAAAAGAACACUUUCAUGAAGCCAAGAUAAUAACUAUAACAAAUUGGUAGCCAGAUGUUUCUGCUAAAUACAAUACCUAGUUAACUGCUGAUGGUGAAAGUUAUACCCCACAAAAUUAUUUCUGCCACAAAUUCUUUUAGCCAACCUGCAUAACUUUGUAAUGCAUUCUGUGGUGGAAAGAACUGCAAACCGAUUGUGGUAGUUCGUUAUGAAAUGCCUUAACCUUUUCAGAAAUUGAAUUAAUAAAUUGAGUUUGCAGCAAUCUGUUUAUCCAUGUGUUGUAUACUGACAGUUUGUGCUCUCUGUACUAAAAUAAAUCAGAAGGAUCCUUUUCAAGUUUUGUUAAAAUAUUUUGUAUGCCAUUGUUUAAUAUUAAAUUUGACUGUCCAGUUUUGUGUAUGAACGUUUAUCUUCUAAUGCAUGUCGAGACAACCAGACCUACAUAAUUGCAUACAUUUUGAUUUUUUUUUAAAUCUACGUCAGUCUGCUAAGUCUAGACGGGUAAAAUUUCAGAAGCAGAAAAUAAUGGGAACUAGUAACUUCAUUUUAAAAUUUGUUACCAAAUUUCUCUGCAUUUAGCAUUAGCAACUCACUUUACACUUUGUUUUAAAUGUAGAUUUUGAAAAUGAACUGGAAAUUAACAUUAAAGUGAUGGUUGUUCCUGUUCCAAGAAUUUUUGUGGAAGAGUCUUUUAUAAUAGUUGUAAGGUGGAUGAACCAUCUACAACUAAAUGUUUUUCUUCCAUUUUUAUUUUCUCAGCUAAUUUGAUUGGCUCAUUUAUCUUUUGUAUCUUAACAGGUGAAAUGGCAUAUUUGAGUUAUGUGACAUUCACGGUAAUGUUUGUUGUUUUGAAAGUACAGUCUUACCCUAACUGGUUUGUAAUUGAUAUAAACUUACUGAAAUUUUCAGUUAAUCACCUUUUGUACUCCAUUUAUGUAAUGCAUGAUAAAGUGAAGAACCUGUUCUUAAUGGAAGUACUGAUAUUACUGAGCGCUGACUUCACCGUGUAUUAGAAUAGAACUCCUUGUCUGACAUAAAACCAAUUACUGUUAAUCCCAGUUAAGACACUAUUAAAAAUGUUCAUUAAAUGUUAACUUGUAACAUCUUUUUAGUAUAAAGCUGGCCGCCUACAUUUUAAAAGAACUGCCAACUCUUCGAUGACAAUGCACUAGCCACAAGUUCUAAAAUUGAUUCUGUGUAUAUCUACCGGUGGCAUGUUAAGUUGAACAAUUUUCAUUUAUACUUCACUCCUAGUUAUGUUGCAUGUUUCCUCAAUCGUACGUACUUUAACUCUGGUAAAACUAUUUAAGAGCGAAACUGCAGAAUUAUGCUCAUUUCGUAAAGUUGAGCACUAUGAAAGGAAAUAUGACUUUAUUUCAAUUUUUUUCUUUCCUCAAAAAUUUUGUUCUGAGACUUGAGACAGGAAUGAUAUGAAUUGGAGGAAAAUAUUGUCAUUUGCUUUGAUUUUUAUUUCACCAAUAAAGACAAUUCCAAAUGUA